AUGUGGUUGAAAGAAUAUCGUGUUCUACAUUUCAUGGUAAUUUUUUCAUUAAGUUUUAUGGAUUUGAAUAAAAAUUUCGUUAAUAGAAUGAAUAAAUUUCCAAGCGACUUUAUAUUUGGCGUGGCUACGUCCGCUUAUCAGACUGAAGGGGCCUGGAAUGUUUCAAAUAAAGGUGAAUCCAUUUGGGAUAAGAUGAUCCACGAGCAUUCGUACACUAUCGAUGAUCGAACCAAUGCUGAUAUUGCCACUAAUUCUUACUAUAUGUAUAAAACUGAUAUCAAUCUUGCUAAACAACUUGGAGCUAAUGCGUAUAGAAUAUCAAUAUCUUGGCCCAGAAUUUUACCUAAUGGUUUUACCAGUGAUAUCAAUCAAGACAGUAUUGACUUCUAUAGUGGAUGGGUUAAUCCUUUGAUAGUUGACUGGUUUGUUGAUUACGCUAGAGUCGUUUUUGAUGCUUUUGGAGACAGGGUAAAAAAUUGGUUUACAUUCAAUGAACCGAAUUUCUACUGUAUGUUCGGUUAUGAUGGAUUAUUUCCACCCCAAAUCAACCAAUCUGGAAUUGCCAGUUACAUUUGUGGUCACAAUGCAUUACUGGCCCACGCAAAAACAUACAGAUUGUAUAAUGAACAAUUUCGGAACAAACAACGAGGUUUGGAAGGAUAUUCAUUUAUCCGUUAUUCAAUUUCUUUAUGGUCACCAUAUUGA